AUCGCGAAAGCCUCGGAGAAGCAGCGGUAGCUCUGGCCUUCUUGAUUCGGGUUGGCUUUCUAAAAAAUUGAAGAGGAGGAGGAGGACGAGGAGAGGGAGCUCCUGGAAAAGUCGUGCAGCCAGCAGUCGCCAGAGAGAGGGGAGGGAGGGAGAGAGAGAGAGAGAGAGUAGUAGUAAGGAGGGAGGUGAACUGGUCGGUGAAUGCAAACAGCCGCGGCGGCAGUCCGGCGUCCCCUGGAAAGCAGGACCGCUCAGAAUCCUGCCCACGCCGCGAGGGGAGGGGUGGGGGGGGUUUGGUGGUGGGGGUGUCGAAGAGCAACAGCCGCGGGAGGAGAAGGAAGGGAAGCCGGCAGAACCACCUUGAAGACGUCCAGCUGUCCCAGGCGCGUCUCGGGAUCUGUCCUGGCGCCGGCACGCGCGUAUACACACACACACACACACACACACACACACACGGACACACACGCAUCUCUACGCACGUGGGCGCUUUUCGCCUCCGCUCGCGGCUGGACACCAAGCCCCUGUGCAGAAAGGGGGGGGGACCGACGCACUGAUUCCCAGAAGGGGGGCAUCCCCCCCCCACCCCGGACCUCCUUUCCUCCGCCUGCCAGUCGGUGCCAUCUCAAGUUGGAGCGUGGGAGCUUGUGGGCAGCAGGGCGCCCAGUCUCUGGAGCCCUCGCUUUAAGUGGCGGCCAGUUUCCCUGCUUUUCUUCCCUCCUCCACGCACUUCUUCAACUCUUUAAGAUUUUUCUUUUUGUAUGUACCAGGCGUGAUUUCCCCCUCCUCCCCUCAACGUUUUUGGGAUUUUAUUAUCUCUUUUCUCUGUUUGGUAGCCGGGAAGAAAAAAAGCAACACAGUUUCCUGUUUUUAAGCAACAUUUGCAACCUGUUCCAUUUCUUUUAUUAUUAUUAUUAUUAUCAUCAUUCUUAUUAGGCGCUAUCUAUUGCAGGUUAUUAUUAUUUUUGUUUUAAUAGAAAGCAAUUGCUGGCUUGAACCCGCCACCUUUGCUGGAGCAUCUCAUCUGCUCGCAAACUCACUCUUGGACUUGCAACCAAUUCAAGCAGUUUGGCGGACCGGCCACUUGGCAUAUGCUAUCUGGACUCGCGAUCUGUUGCAUUUAUUCUUUCGAUCCUUCGGGUUGUUGUUUUUUUAUUUGUUUUUUGUUUUAAAGAAGAUCUGAACCUUGUUUGCACAUCUUAAACUGCCGCGGAGAAAAUUCCAGGAAACAUUUUGGUCCUUUCUUUGUGGGAGAAGCCGAACGAAAAGAAGCGUGUUUUGGGUUUUAUUUUAUUUUUCACCUUUAAACCGUUUUUUUUCCCCUUCCCAAAAAUGCACUGCUAUCUCCUGAGCGUGUUCGUCACCCUGGAUCUGGCCACGGUGGCCUUUGCUCUCUCUACGUGCAGCACCCUAGACACUGACCAGUUCAUGCGUAAGCGGAUCGAAGCGAUCCGAGGCCAAAUCCUGAGCAAACUGAAACUCACCAGCCCCCCGGAAGAGUACCCCGAGCCCGAGGAGGUUCCUCCGGAGGUCAUCUCAAUCUACAACAGCACAAGGGACUUGCUGCAGGAGAAAGCGAACCACAGAGCAGCCUCUUGUGAAAAGGAAAGGAGCGAUGAGGAAUAUUACGCCAAAGAGGUUUACAAAAUUGACAUGGGGAGUUACCACCCUUCGGCAAAUUUCAUCUCAACAAGCAAUCAAAACCCAUACUUUAGAAGAGUGAGAUUUGAUGUCUCAGCGAUGGAGAAAAAUGCUUCCAACUUAGUGAAAGCAGAAUUUAGAGUCUUCCGCUUACAGAAUCCGAAAGCUCGUGUAUCAGAACAACGGAUAGAACUGUAUCAGAUGAUCAAAAAUAAAGAUCCCACAUCACCAACACAACGUUAUAUUGAUAGCAAAGUCGUGAAAACAAGAGCUGAGGGAGAAUGGUUAUCUUUUGAUGUAACUGAGGCUGUACAUGAGUGGCUCCACCACAAAGACAGAAAUUUGGGGCUUAAGAUCAGUUUACAUUGCCCAUGUUGUACAUUUGUGCCUUCAAAUAACUAUAUUAUCCCAAAUAAAAGUGAAGAAUUAGAGGCAAGAUUUGCAGGUAUUGAUGACCACCCUUAUUCCAGUGGUGAGAAAGCUUUAAAGUCCAGUAGGAAAAAAUACAGUGGGAAGAGCCCACAUCUUCUGCUAAUGUUAUUACCCUCCUACAGACUUGAGUCGCAACAAUCCAGUCGGCGGAAGAAGCGUGCUUUAGAUGCUGCCUAUUGUUUUAGGAAUGUGCAAGAUAACUGCUGUCUACGUCCAUUUUAUAUUGAUUUCAAGAGAGAUCUUGGAUGGAAAUGGAUACAUGAACCUAAAGGAUAUCAUGCAAAUUUCUGUGCCGGAGCUUGUCCCUAUUUAUGGAGCUCAGAUACUCAGCACAGUAGAGUGCUUAGCUUGUAUAACUCAAUCAACCCAGAAGCAUCUGCAUCUCCAUGCUGUGUAUCCCAGGAUCUGGAACCCCUCACUAUCUUGUAUUACAUUGGCAAAACACCCAAAAUUGAACAGCUGUCAAACAUGAUUGUAAAGUCUUGCAAAUGCAGCUAAAGGAGCAUAGUUUGGAAUAUGUAUAUUUUUUUCCCCUCUGGAAAGAAAGGAAGAAAAAAAACAUUCAAAAAGAAGGAAACAAAAAAAUACAUCAUCUGUGGCUUUUAAAAAGAAAAAGAAAAGAAAAAAACAAAACGGUACUAGUCUGACUGGAUUGAAACUUGGUUU